GUCAGUGACGUCAUGUUUGAGUGACGCUCUGUCAGUUAUGGGCUGCUGUGAAACAGACUGCUGAUGAAGGUGAGGAAGAGAAGUUUUCUUAGCUUUAAAGGACACGUGGGCGCUUUAAAGUCACGUGGUCAUCAUGCUCACCGUGGGGGUGCUGGUGAGGUGCAGAGUCCUGCAGCCACGAGCACGUGACGUCCUGAGCAGGUGGGCUUCUCCUGUCCUUCCCCUCACCUGUACAACAGAGUCUCGCGUGAGGCCGGCUUCUGGGGUGGGAGGAGCCAGCGGCGCAGGUGGUUGGUACGGCAGCCUGUCAGACUCCGCUCCAGUUCACCUGUGUGAGAACUUCCUCGUCAGCGCGCACCAGGUGAGCGGGUUGCCAUGGUGGCUGAGCAUCGCUAUGGCAACAGUGUCCAUCAGGACCUGCAUCACCCUGCCGCUGGCCGCCUACCAGCUGAUCAUUAUUGCCAAGGUGGAGGCUCUGCAGGCGGAGAUCUCUGAGCUGGCGAAGCGGCUUCGAUACGAGGUUUCGGUCCGAGGGAGAGAACGAGGCUGGACGGACAAGCAGAGCAGGGUCCAGUUCCAGAAGAACCUGCGGCGUCUGGUUUCGCAGCUCUACGUCCGGGACAACUGCCACCCGUUCAAAGCCAGCCUGCUGGUCUGGGUCCAGCUGCCGCUCUGGGUCGGCCUAUCUCUGGCGCUGCGGAACCUCAGCCUGGACCGGCCAGCGCUGCAUGACGAACUGGCAGCAGGGGGCGCUCUCUGGUUCCCAGACCUCACGGUACCGGACUCCACUUGGGUCCUGCCGGUCUGCCUGGGCCUCACCAACCUGCUCAUCCUGGAGGUGUUUUCUCUGCAGAGAGUCGAAGCGUCACGUUUCCAGCGGCUGGUUCUGAAUGGGUUCAGAGGGUUCUCGGUUCUGAUGAUCCCCAUCGCUGCCUCAGUCCCGUCGUCCAUGGCUCUGUACUGGUUCUGCUCCAGUCUGGUCGGGUUCAGUCACAACCUACUGCUGCACUCACCAACCGUCCGCAGAACCGCCGGGCUGCCGGCGCCGCGGUCCGAAACGCCGUACCGGGACCUCCUGUCUGCCUUCAUCAGCAAGUACUGGAGGUAGAACCAACUGGCUGGGUUCUACUGGUACCACCCUGGUUCUACUGAUGGUUCAUGGUACGGAGACCAUGGCUGCAGCUUCCUCAUCGGUCUUGGUUCUGGUAGAACCUGGCUUCAUGUGGGACUCUUUAAAUGUUCUGGUGAUAAUAAAGUUCUGUGGUUCUGUU